ACCACCAGCUACGGAAUCCCGUGGGGGGGCAACGGCGGAGCAUUAUAGAAAAAUUUCCCAGUAGAGAGAGAGAUUUGUUAGCGGAAAAGUCGUGUGAUUCGUUAUCGGACGAGAAGUAGCGGCGUGAAGUGAAGCCCUGCGAGCACUGUGUCAAUUACCCAAUCACCAGCGUGGUGACGAGUUUGUCAUUCUCUGGCACGUGGAGCAGACAUUGGUGAUCUUUUGCUGUCUCGUGACGUUCACCGGACGAAAGAUGUCAGUAUUGAAUCAGAGCGGCGACGACGCGGUGGAGUGCCCCCUGUGUAUGGAACCGUUGGAGGUGGACGAUCUGAAUUUCUUCCCGUGCACCUGCGGGUACCAGAUAUGCCGUUUCUGUUGGCACAGAAUCCGUACCGACGAGAACGGCCUCUGUCCGGCGUGUCGAAAGGCCUAUUCUGAAAAUCCGGCUGAUUUUAAACCCCUUUCCAAGGAAGACGUAGUAAGAUUGAAAGCCGAAAAGAGAUUGAAGGAUCAGCAGCGGAAGCAGCGAGUUACAGAAAAUCGGAAACAUCUAGCGAACGUGAGAGUAGUACAAAAAAAUUUAGUGUUUGUAGUAGGAUUACCAAUGCGGCUGGCAGACGCUGAUGUUUUAAAGAAACACGAUUAUUUUGGGAAAUUUGGGAAGAUACACAAAGUCGUAAUUAACCAGAGUACUUCCUAUGCAGGGUCUCAAGGCCCCAGUGCUUCGGCUUAUGUUACUUAUCAACGUCAAGAGGAUGCGCUACGUGCUAUAGAGGCUGUGAAUAACAUUAUCGUGGAUGGACGGACAAUAAAAACCUCGUUAGGGACGACGAAGUACUGUUCGCACUUUAUGCGUAAUCAAGCCUGUCCGAAGCCAGAUUGCAUGUACCUGCACGAUCUUGGGGACCAGGAGGCAUCGUUUACGAAGGAGGAGAUGCAUCAGGGCAAGCACCAGGAGUACGAGCGCAAGCUUGUGCAAUCGUUACAUGCGCAAGCGUCUUCAGUUCAACGGAAACCGACGCCAUCACCACCUGUAACGGGCAGUAUUGUUAGGGAAAGUGGAACUGUAAAUUCGCAGACUAAGGAGGCCUGGCCGUCGUUGCAACCGGGUCAGACGAAUAGUACACAAACCAGUUGUAAAGAAAUAUCACCACCUGCGCAAACAACUUCACAACACGGCAACGUAACAAGCGGAAACGGUACGGUUGCUCAACAAUGUCAUUUGUCCUCCGGAGUGCCUACGCAUCAGCAAAACAACAACAAUAAGGGUGAAAGUGGUGUGGGUGUACGGCGGGGUAAAAGUAAUAGCGAAAGUAAAGCACAGGCAGCUCGGAACAAACAUAAAAAUAGUCAAAACAAAGAGAAGCACGGUACUCGUCCGACGUCGCGAUCUGAAUCAAGCUCAAUCAGUACGCAAAGUGGUUCGCAAUCGCAAAUUACCGGACAAAAGGACGUUAGAAACUUUUCCGCUGAUACAAACAGUGAAAUGUUGCAAAAAUUGGGUAACAAGUGUAAAAUGGAGCAGCAGCAGCAACAACAACCACAAAUUAGCAACAAAACAUCAAAAUUAGUUCAAUUACAGUCUCACGAAGUUAAUGUAAAUGGUGCAUUUCAAAACGGGGAACGCCGGCAUUCGGACAGUGAAAUGGAUCAACAGCGCGAAGGUAGCACGCCAGCGAGCACGAUCUCGAGCACGGAAGACUCUAAUAUAAAUCAUCAAGCCGAACAUUUGGUUGAAUCGAGCGAGGAAAACAGUGGCAGUGGUGCUGUUCUUUUGGGUUCGUCUCCAGCUAGCACAAAUUCAUCACAAGGUGCCAAUCAACUACCACCACCAGGAUUACACAACGGAUCUCAAAUGCAACUCAACCAUCGGUCGAUCUUUCAGGCGGACAAUAACAGUUUCUUCAGUUCGAAUACCUUUCAGAAAAUACCAACCACCACCUCGAUGCCACCAAAUUCCCUCACAGGUUCUUUUCAAGUAACAAUGCAAAUAAGAAAACAAGAAAAAUUCGUAGACAAGCGAGCAAUGGCCAUCCGUGAGAUAGAGUCAAAAGCAAAUACAAAUUUAGAUUGGACGAGCACGGGAGUGGCUACGAUACCCGAUUCCUUGCCGACAGUUCAUUCUAGCGAAGAUUGGCAAGCCGCUUUCGGCUUCCAGCCGGAAUCGACUCGAGCGAACCACAUAAUAUCAAAAUCUAGCCCAACUGAUUCGCCAAGGGUGACGUUCAACUCCGAGGGUUUUGUAGAGGAGGAGGUUUAUAUGAAUGCACCUUACACUGCUACACUCGCCGAACCAUCAUCUGGUACCUUCACGUCUAACUUACUUGUAAAUUCAUCCGCAUCUAAGUUUAUGGCAGACUUUCAACAAAAUUCAUUACAACAAAGGCUUAAUAUACAGGCGCAGCAACAAACUCAAGAAAACUGUGAGUACGUAAAGCAGAACGGCCACGCUACAAUGGAAGAAGUCCGGAAUCAUCGUGAUGCAGGCUCAGACGUGAAAGCGGACGACGAUUUAGGUUUCGAUCCUUUCCACGAAACGCAGAAAGCAUUAGCAGAACUUUUAGAAGACGAGAUGCAAGUACAACAGCAGAAGAUGUUCCAGCAGCAACAGCAACAAAGAGAACGGGAGGAGCAAACUAGGGUGCAGCAUCAACAAACGCUCGUGAGCCUUAACCAACAACACUUUCCACAAGUUGCGCACAUAGCACACUUGCAGCAACAAGCUCAGCACUUGCAAAAUCUACAGGUGCUUCAGUCGCAUUCCCUCUUGUCCCGUCUUCCGCAAAAUCUGUUACCAAGCGGCGCGCAGAGCCCAGCACAGGGCACUGUGACGGCCACCAGCUUAGGACAGCGCAGUCGACUCCCGCCACCGGGUUUUCCGGGUUCCACGCCAAAUCACAUGAACUCAUUCGGUCUCGGUAUACCACGACCAGCACCAACGAAUAGUGCCCUCUCUGGAGCGCAGCCACCUCAGCAGAGUGCAUAUCUUCCAAACGGAAGCCCGCUUCUCAACACACAAAGCAUCGGCAAGUGCACGGGCGACGCGGUGUAUACCCUGAAAGAUUGGUGUGAGAUUAACAAUCAGCAGCAGCAGCAGCAGCAACAACAGCAACAGUUCCACCAUCAAGCGUUGCACCAGAAAGGAUGGAACAAUUUCGGACCUAUCGCGGAUUGGACCUCGAUUGAUCCGGCUAUAGUUACUUCGUCUAGACCUCUUCCAUUCCAAACUACCAACGCUUGGCAGUUUUCUCACAUUCAUCCUUCUCACGUUGUGACUCACAACGCGCAACAGGAGCAGAGCGCACCUCCUCAGCAUUGGGCGAUGCAACCACCUCCUGGCUUUGCUGCACCCACAACCGCGGGACAGUUGAAUAAUCCACAGCCGAGCACAACCGCACAACCGCACACCAAGCUCAUCUCUGCAGGAUCCGAAAUCGAAAGUAAGUUGAUCGCGAUCAAGCUCCGUGCAAACUAAUGAAAAGAACAAAAAAAAGAUAUCUUAUAAUGCGCGGUAUCGAGAUACAUAGGCCGUCUAUAUUGCAGACCUAUAAGUCUAAUGCUUGAGGCGAACGAGUCGAGGCGUCAUAAUGUUUCCAGACGUGGCAAGAUCAAAUCCAGCAAAUGAAAGAAACAAAAAAAAAGCGACAGUCGAUAAUGUACGUUUUCCUAACGCUUCUAUAUCAACGUUUAAUUUCCAAUCUCCAUUUAUUUGUGCGAAUAUUUACUUGAAUAAAAUAUCGGAAUAAAAUAUGAGUUAAUGCGUACUCCUCGAUGUAAACGAAGAUUAUACGUCAAUACAUCUUCCUCAUGAUAUUAAUUUCUGAAUUAUAGCAAAAUUUGUCAUAAUUAAGUCUGACUAUCGUUAUAAGCGAAGUUUAUGUAGGAUAUGAAAUAUUAAACGGAUGAAUGAUUAAGAUAUC